CAAAAGAUCGCGAUUUGGCUGCGCUCCAACUAGAUUACCGGCGAAUUUGUAAAAUAUUGUGGCAGCCGCGGUGGAACGGUGAGGCUGAGUGUGGCGGCCUGCUUUUAGAAGCAUUUAGGUGUUCCGGCGUGUCUGGCGCGUAGGGCGGAGGGCUCAGUCACGCGCGGCGGCCGCAGGCAGCAGCAUGGAGGUGACUGGCAGGCAACGCUCGGCAGAACGCGCCGAGCACCACGUCCACUUCAGCGAGUCGGGCGAGGACGGUGACGCGCUCGCGCCCGUGCACAAGGUGGACGUGGUGCCGGCUGCCGGCAAGAUCGGCAUCCACGCCGGCUUCCUCAAGGCGAUGCACCAGUACCGGAUCACGUGCCGCGUGCCUGUGCACUGCCAUGACUGGCUGCCGGCCGAUAUACCCAGCCUGCACUGGCGCGUGCAGCAGAUGCGGCCCCUCGGCGACGGCACCGAGCUGACACUGCAGGUGAUCGUUCACAAGGAGAAGCUGCUCAGGGAGAAGCUGGUGCUUUCCAAGGCGGACGACAGUGGCCAGUCGGUGACGCUGGAGCUCAAUGCUCGCGUGCUAGGUGAGCAACCUGUCGGCGUGCAGGCGGGUUGCGCUAACCGGUGUGGGCGAGAUAAUGGCGAUCUGGGAUGGGUGCUGGGACCGGUGCGUGUCGGUGCUUUAACUACCUUGUCCUGUCAUCAGAUCCUGUCGUCCAUUUAUUCGUUGGAACUGGCCUACCGUCUCGCAUCUUUCGCUUGGAAAAUUGCAUCACAAUCGCUCAGUAUCGCACCGCAACCCAUCACCCAACCAUCGAUAAGAAUCCGGCUUAGCGUCACGCAUUAA